AACCUCUCCGUCCGCCUGCGCUCCUUACGAGUAGAUGUGCGGGGCAGAGCGGGCAGCGGGCUCACACUGUGGGGAAAUGAAACACGCUGCGGGUCCCGAAGCAGCAGACCAGCUGGGCAGACCCUUCUUCUCCUCCUCCUCCUCGUCCUCCACUCUUCUCCUCACUCAGCGGGACACCACAAACCGUCCGAGAUCAUGUUGUUUUUUCUUUAUGAGUUAUUAUCUCCUUAUUGGAUCGCAGCUGAGUGACAGAGAAAGUCCACACUGGAUUUGAACCUGCGCACUUGUCUUGUGUGUGUGUGUGUGUGUGUGGGUGUGUGUAUGUGUGGGUGUGUGUGUGCUUUUCCCACCGUGGAUGAGAUCUAUGCACAAUUGAUGUCUGAAUAACUCCUGCGGAUUUUGUGGUUCAGUUCCUCUUCUCGCGUGUUUUGGAUUAUUCCUGCCACAAGGAGAUAUGUUGAUUUUAUUUGUGAUCAGCCUCGCCGUGCUGUCAGAUGCAGGUCUGUCGGUGGAGGUGUUUCGCGCAGGUGUGGCCCCGAGCUGUAAGAGCCGGGCCUGCAACCCUCGCAUGGGUAAUUUGGCCCUGGGUCGCCGCGUCCUGACACAAACCGUCUGCGGAAACAACGGCACCGAGCUCUACUGCUCCUACUCAGACCCCAACGCCAACCUGGCCUGCAGCCCCGCCAAGUGCGCCAAAUGCAACGCUGGCCUGCCUCUCCUGUCCCACCUGGCCGGGGCCAUGUCCGACUCCUCCUUCCGUCACCCCAACACCUGGUGGCAGUCAGCCGAGGGGGUGGAGUCUGAGACGGUCCAGCUGGACCUGGAGGCGGAGUUCUACUUCACACAUCUCAUCGUAGUGUUUCGGUCGUCGAGGCCUGCCGCCAUGACCCUGGAGCGCUCGCAGGACUUUGGAAAAACAUGGAAGAUGCUGCAGUACUAUGCAACCAAUUGCAGUGCCACCUUUGGGCUAGAGGAGGGACAGGCAGGUUUGGGCCACGAUGGUGCCACCUGCACCUCUAAAUACUCUGGGGCUUAUCCCUGCAACCGUGGAGAGGUGAUCUACCGGACCCUUCCAAAGUGGGAGUCUCUGGAUCCCUUCGGAGCCGAGGGCCAGCAGCAGCUGAGGGUGACCAACAUUCGCAUCCGACUGCUGAAACAUCAGGCGUGUCCGUGCCAGGCCAAAGACCUCGCGUCUGCAAAUGAAGUUCUUCCCACCCAACACUUCUCCAUCUACGACCUGAUCGUGAAGGGAAGCUGCUUCUGUAACGGACAUGCUGAACAAUGUGUGCCUGCACCGGGGUACCAGCCCAUGAGAGACCGGACCAACCACGUGGUCCAUGGGAAGUGUGUGUGUCGACACAACACUGCAGGUGACCACUGCGAACGCUGCACUCCCCUCUACAACGACCGACCCUGGCAGCCCGCUGACGGACUGACUGGGGCUCCACAUGAGUGUCAGAAGUGUAAAUGUAACGGGCAUGCUCAGAGCUGCCAUUUUGAUUGGACGACGUGGCGUGAGUCUGGCCAGCGCAGCGGAGGCGUGUGUGACUGUCUGCACAACACUGAAGGACGUCAGUGUCAGAAAUGCAAGGCUGGCUUCCACAGAGACCCCCAGCGACCUCACACCGCACCCGACUCCUGCAAGCCGUGCAGCUGUCACCCCUUGGGCUCCAUGCCCUUCCACUUGGGCGACGGCUCACUCUGCGACCCCUCCAAUGGAAACUGCAUCUGUAAACCUGGAGUGGGUGGAGCCCGCUGUGACAGGUGCAUGGUGGGAUACUGGGGCUUCCAUGAGUAUGGCUGUCGUCCAUGUGAUUGCGCAGGAGACUGUGAUCCUUUUACCGGAGAUUGUAUGUUUGGCUCUGAUCUGGACCUUUACAACUUAGAGGGAAACUCCAGUGAGCCCGUCAGGAUCUUCAGAGCAGACGAACUCUUUUCUGCCCUCCACUACUCAGAGAAAUGUGAGUGCAAAGAGCAGACCCUGACCAACAGUAAACUCUUCUGCACCAUGAACUACGCGUACGUACUGAAGGUGAAAGUGCUGUCAGCCCACGAUAAGGGCUCCCAUGCCGAGGUGGAGGUCAAAGUUCAGAAGGUGCUCAGUCAGAGCACCAAGGUGAAGAUACAACGAGGUUGGGCCACCCUUUACCCUGAGUCCUGGACUGCACGGGGCUGCACCUGCCCCAUCCUCAACCCAGGGGUGGAGUACCUUGUGGCAGGCCACUCAGACCGUAAGCAGGGCCGCCUCCUGGUCAACAUGAAGAGCUUCGUCAAGCCUUGGAAAGCCAGCCUGGGGCGCAAAGUCCUCACGCUACUCAAGAAAGACUGCAACUGGUAAACUGACUGUUAAAACACUGGAGGACAGAUGGACACAUGGACAAACAACACAGUGGAUUUGUGAUUCCUUGUCCUCCAGAUGUAGAACAUUACACAGGUCUGGGAGCAGAUUUUUUUUGGGAGGGGGGCUGAACAGAGAUGAUUGAAAAGCCCUUUCUGUCUCUGCUGUUGUCCAAUGAGAGCAUAACGCCAGUGGUGGACUGCACCACAUGAAAGCGUGCAGGACUUAUUUCUCUCGCGCAUUCCUAUGUAGGAUUUCUUUUGCAAGAAAUUGAGGAAUUCAGUGCUGUGGCCAAGUGCUUUCUGUUCUGAGAGCCCCGUGGACUCUUACAUUAAAACACACACACAGAGACUGAAUCUUUUCCUCUCUGCAGCACUUUAGCCUCAGAUGGACUGAGCAAAUAUGGACACACAAAGAGAGGAAGACUCUUUGACAUGGGCUGUUGAUGAAGCAUGUUCAUUCUCCUGUGUGCCCCGUUACACUUUCCAUGUAUGCUCACUCACACAGGCAUCAUUAUAUGUGUGUCUGUGUGUGUGUGUGUGUGUGUGUGAGUGCUGCAGACAUAAUGUGCAAAGCACCCAGAGACGCUGCACAAGCCAUACAAGCCGCUACAGGUGGUUAAACCUUAGCCAGUCCAGGUGUGCCUGUGUUGAAAUCAGAGUGAAUGGGUUUUACCCCGAACGUGAAUGUAUUUGCCUGUUUUGCAAGUGUGUGUGUGUGUGUGUGUGUGUGCGUGUGUGACACACACAGUGGAUGAAUGCAGGCGUAUAAUGAGCACAGUCCGUUUUCAGUCCAGCUCAUUUUCCAGUGUUUAUGAUACAGCGUCAUGUAUACUGAUUCAUCCCAUAUUAUACUGCUGAAUUCAGUUAAUCCUUCCUUUGUGCUCUUGUACAGUAUUAUUUGUAUAUAUCUAUAUAAAUAUUAUUGUUCAUCUCUCUCCUUCGGCUUUAUUUGUUUUUGUAUGUGAUAAUAUUAAAGGAUAAUUCCAC